UAUAAUAACUGUAGCAUUUUCCUUUGAGAUCAUGAUAACCUAAGACCUUGGUGUAUUUUCUCCAAAAUGUACAUAGAAACAGGAUGUGGGCUUGUUACACAGUUGUAUAACUAUUGCCUUCUUGUGGUGACCCCCUUUUCUAGAGGAACAAACAUGAAGAGACCCUGCUCUUGCUUUGAAAUCUAGACUGUAAGGCCAACUGGAGGGACACAGGGUUUCUUCGCAGAUGCAGAUGUCAGGCAGACCAGAGGAGUGACAUCAGCAAGAACCGCACUCAGCAACAAUGUCAGCAGAAGUGGAGACUUCAGAGGGAGUAGAUGAGUCAGAGAACAACAACUCUGGGACUUCAGUCAAGGAAAACCACACUAGAAUGGCUGACCUCUCAGAGCUCCUGAAGGAAGGGACCAAGGAAGCACACGACCGGGCAGAAAAUACCCAGUUUGUCAAGGACUUCUUGAAAGGCAACAUUAAGAAGGAGCUAUUUAAGUUGGCCACCACUGCACUUUACUUCACAUACUCGGCUCUCGAGGAGGAGAUGGACCGCAACAAGGACCACCCAUCCUUUGCACCCUUGUACUUCCCUGUGGAGCUGCACCGGAAGGAGGCACUGACCAAGGACAUGGAAUAUUUCUUUGGUGAAAACUGGGAGGAGCAGGUGCAGUGCUCUGAGGCAGCCCAAAAGUACGUGGAGCGGAUCCACUACGUAGGACAGAACGAGCCAGAGCUGCUGGUGGCCCAUGCGUAUACCCGCUACAUGGGGGACCUCUCAGGGGGCCAGGUGCUGAAGAAGGUGGCCCAGCGAGCCCUAAAACUCCCCAGCACGGGGGAAGGGACCCAGUUCUACCUGUUUGAGAAUGUGGACAAUGCCCAGCAGUUCAAGCAGCUCUACCGGGCCAGGAUGAACGCCCUGGACCUGAACAUGAAAACCAAAGAGAGGAUCGUGGAUGAGGCCAACAAGGCCUUCGAGUACAAUAUGCAGAUAUUCAAUGAAUUGGACCAGGCUGGUUCCACACUGGCCAGAGAGACCCUGGAGGAUGGGUUCCCUGUGCAUGACGGGAAAGGAGACGUACGUAAAUGUCCCUUCUACGCUGCUGAUCAAGGCAAAGGUGCCCUGGAGGGCAGCAGCUGUCCCUUCCAAACAGCCAUGGCUGUGCUGAGGAAACCCAGCUUCCAGUUCAUUCUAGCUGCUGGCGUUGCCCUGGCUGCUGGACUCUUGGCCUGGUACUACAUGUGAAGGACUCAUCACGCCACACCAGCGCCCUCCUCCCAAGUGACCUACCCCUGUCUCCACCCCAACAAACUACCACCUCAGGUGACUAAAAAAAAAAAAAAUGCUGGGUUUGAGAAAACAGGAAACCAAUAAAAGCCAGGCACUAGAUCCUCUGCCUGACAGCAUCCUCUCUGCAGGCCAGAUGCUGCGCUGGGCAUAGGCCAUCACCCUGGGAGUCACCAGCACAGUGUAGUGGGCAGGGCAGGCCUGACCUCUGGACCAGCUGUGCUCUGGGGCUCCCACACCUCCAAGCCCCAGGCUUCUUCCCUUUGUUUCUUCCUGUUUUUGCAGGACUUGGGCGGCUGUCUUUCCCCUGCUGGGGAUGAGCAGCAGUGAGCCCAGGCUGUGGGGGGUGGGGCUGAGGGUGGGUGAAAGCCAGGCUCUCUCCUGCCUUGGUGACCCUGGAGCCCCUCCCUAUCAACCAGAUGCCCCAGAGUUCUGCUCAGCUGUGGCUCAUCUUCUCUGACUGUAUAAAUGUUCCAACGCUCAAUAAGUGCAUCUGCAAGCUUCCUCCA